AUGCUACCAAGUAUUAAAAAAGAGGAAAGAUUUUUUCUUAUUUGCAGAGACCCAGAAAUAAAUUAUGCUUCUUCUAGAACGGAAAACACUGUGAAAACCAUUACCUUACCAAGGAGAAUAGUAAAUGACCAAAAUAAAUAUUGUUUGAGAAUUAUCGACUCAUUUGGAGAAGAUGAGUCUCCUAAUGGCAAUGGUUCGGUUCCAGAAUCCUUUGGACAUUUACCAACUUUACGAUCAUUGAAUUUAAGUGCGACUGCAGUGAGUGAUCGUAACUUGGCCGAAUUUAGCGCUAGUCGUAGCUUGGUAAAAAUAAUCCUUGAAGAUUGCAAAUGCAUUACAAGUGUGUCUCCGUUAUCUUCUAUAAUUACACUGGAAGAAAUUAAAAUUUGUGGAUGUUCACAAGUGUCUAAUGUAGGUAUUUUAGGUGUACUUCCUUCCCUUCGAAUUCUUGAUGCGAGCAAGACUGCAGUGACGAAUGACGGAUUAAAAGGACUUGAAGAAACCUCUACUCUAGUUAAAAUUAUUUUGGAAGAAUGUGGAGGUCUUAAAGGUGUAAACACUUUGUCUUCUAUUAAACCACUUGAAGAAAUAAGUCUUCGGGGUUGUAAUCAGUUAAAGAACAUUGGUGGAUUGGGUUUACUUACAAAGUUACAAAUACUUGAUGUAAGUAAAACACCUUUAAGAGAUAGCGAUUUGAUGGGUCUUGGAGCAAGUCGUAGUCUUCAAAAAAUACUUCUUUUAGAUUGCAAAAGUUUGACAAGUGUAAAUACGUUAACUUCUAUUCGUACACUAAAAGAGAUUUUUCUUGCCGGGUGUUUACGAUUAAAGACAAUUGGUGUGUUGGGAACUCUACCUGUACUACGAUCAGUUGAUGUAAGUAGAUCUUCCAUAACAGAUGAUGGUUUGGAAGGUCUUUCUGAAAGUCCCAGUUUGCUUAAUAUUAUUCUUGAAGAUUGUAAUUCUUUAACAGAUGUAUCUAUUCUCUCUUCUAUUAUAACGCUUGAGGAAAUAAAACUUCGAGGAUGUAUUCGAGUUACUACUCUUGGUGCUCUUGGUUUACUUCCUAUGUUGCGAAUCCUCGAUGGAAGUAAAACUUCUGUAACAGACGAUGGUUUAGAAGGUCUUUCUAGAAGCCGAAGCUUGGUUAAGAUUAUUCUUGAAGAAUGUGAUUCUCUAACGAAUGUAUCUAUUCUCUCUUCUAUUGUAACACUUGAGGAAAUAAAACUUAGAGGAUGUAUUCGAGUUACUACUCUUGGUAGUCUUGGUUUACUUCCUAUGUUGGUAAUCCUUGAUGCAAGCAAAACUGCUGUAACAGAUACUGGUAUCAGAGGACUUGGUGCAAGUCAUUCCUUAAGUAAAAUUUUUCUUGAAGAUUGUGGAAAUCUCACAAGUGUGCUAACACUUUCUUCUAUAUAUUCAUUGGAAGAAAUGUAUAUUCAAGGAUGCUUACGAAUGACAAGUAUUGGAAUUUUGGGUACCUUACCCACCCUACGCUUACUUGAUGCAAGCAAUACUCCUGUAACAGAUGAUGGUUUAAAGGGUUUAGGUGAUAGUUGCAGCCUGUCAAAGAUAUCUCUUGAAGAUUGCAAGAACCUUACUAAUGUAGCUUCUCUUGCUUCCAUACAUACACUUACAGAGAUAAAUCUUCGUGGUUGUACAGGUCUGAUGAACCUUGGUACACUUCCUCUUCACCGAGAAGUGAUGAGUCCGUUGCAUUUAAGAGAAAUCAGAAUGACAAGAGAAAUGUGA